UCGCAGCGAGCGGACGUCUUUCGCGUCGCGUCCCCAACCCGCAUCAUCGGCACCGCGUCGUGUUAUCGUGACUUUGAAAUUAAAAUUACAAUUAUUCCGUGACUGUGCUUUGACAUGAAUUAGAAUUGGACUUUUCUAUCGCGUUUUAACAAGUAAAUCGGGACAAAUGAUGGGUGUAAGCAAUUGUAUGAGUGUUAGGCAGGCGCGAGGGGGUUGUCAUUGCCCCGCUUGUCCUAGGGGCUCGGGGCAUGGGGCUCAAAUGCCGCCCCAGACUCUAGUCCUGCCUCCCAUGGCCCUGGAGCCCGAGACCACCCCUGUUAAGGAUAAGAAGGGGUCGAAAAUGAAAGUCUUUAAAAAGAUAAAGAAAAAGAUGGGAUUAGUACCUCGUACAUCGUGCACUGGUGGCGCCCCCAACAAUCUUCCACCGCUCAGCUUCCAUGCGGUCCAUGGCGAGAAUGUCCGGAUAUCUCGUGAUGGAUCCACUGCCCGUCGUGUGGAAUCAUUUUGCAAAGGUGUUGCUUUCAGUGCAAGACCAGUUAGAGUUAAUGAAAAAGUAUGCAUACGUUUCGUCGAGAUUUCAAACAGCUGGAGUGGUGUCAUACGCUUCGGUUUCACCACACACGAUCCCACGACCCUAGCCCACGCAUUACCAAAAUAUGCGUGCCCAGAUCUCACCAAUAAACCCGGCAACUGGGCCAAGGCUUUAGGCGAAAGGUUUUGCGAAAAAGACAACAUAUUAUAUUAUUACGUCAACUCCGCUGGUGACGUACAUUUCGGGAUGAAUGGAGAGGAUAAAGGACUCUUCUUUUCCGGUGUUGAUACGAGAAGUCCACUAUGGGCACUUGUAGAUGUAUACGGGAAUUGCACAGCGGUUCAAUUUGCGGAUCCAAGAGUACCGAAUCAAGUCCGAAGAGCAACUCAAAGUCCAGUAGCAGAAGAUGAAAGAUUAGUUGGUGAAAUGAGGUCUUUAAGUGUUGAUGAAUCAUUACCACCACCAAGAUAUCAGAACCCAUUAGUACCUCUCAGUUUACAUAGAACUAAAGGAAGGAAUGUCCAGUUUACAAAUGAUAGAGGUGUUGCAGCACGAAUCGAAGCUGAAUUCUGCCAAGGAUAUGUAUUCACAGCUCGUCCAAUGCGUCCAGGACAGACUAUAGUUGUGCAAAUAUUGGCAACUGAAGCGGCGUAUUCGGGCAGUCUUGCUAUAGGGUUGACGUCAUGUGAUCCUGGUACAUUACGCCCAGUAGACUUGCCUUACGACGCCGAACAGUUAUUAGAUCGUCCAGAGUACUGGGUUGUUAGAAAAGACGCGGCUAAUGGUCUACGAAGAGGUGAUGAGUUGGCUGUAACUUUGACAGUAGACGGUGAAGUACGCGUCAGUAGGAAUGGAUCGAAUCCAGUGACGGUUAUGCAUGUUGACCAUACGUUAAGAUUGUGGGCUUUUGUUGAUAUUUACGGCGCUACACAAAAGAUAAGGAUGUUGAGUUCUCAAGUUGUGCCAGCGCAGACUCCUCCUCAGCAGUUAAGGGUCCUUGCGGGGUCAGCGGCACCGAUAGCCACAGGUUCUGGAGGCACUGUCCUGGUCGUCAGUCUUCCGCCGCAAACCAACGGACAGAAUAUAGCGAAUCAACAGGGAAUGACUUUAACCAGCGCUCAUUAUAUUGAGCCGAUACAAACAUCAUCACAGUUAUGUCUCGCCAACUUCCAACCAAUACCACCGCAAGCAUCGUGCUCCCAACCACAGUCCUAUCAACAGCAAAGAAUUAGAACUGACGCGCAAUGUUCAUCAACAAGUCAAAAUAACGUAAACGAACAAGUACAGAUACCUAAUGGACAUUCAGAACCUAUUAGGAUGGAAAGAAUACCAAAUGGACCAUCAACAAGUCGACAAAUGCCAUCAUCAUCACAUCAUCAACCGAUUUACUCUGUGAUCGGUGAAGGUAACCUGACAGGAACUGAAUGUACUAUAUGUUAUGAGAAUCCUAUUGAUAGUGUGCUAUAUAUGUGCGGUCAUAUGUGUAUGUGUUAUAGAUGCGCGGUACAACAAUGGAGGGGUAAAGGUGGGGGUCAAUGUCCCUUGUGUAGGGCACAGAUUAAAGAUGUUAUCCGCACUUAUAAGUCUUGAUGUGUUUGUGGCUGAAUUUCGCGCGGGCCUUUGCCUUAGCUGUCAAUGUCAGAUUGACAGGUGCGCGCGUAAUUGUCCGAUAUUUUUAUGCCAAAUAUGUUCGGUUGAUGAAUGUUGAAUUUGACUAAUAUAUUCCUUGUGUAGUUGUUAUUAUGUAAAUAAUGAUUGUAAUUCCAUUUUUAUAUGUGAAAAUUUGUUUUUUUUUACAUAUAAAUUUGGUAGAAUUAUGAAUGUAGUUGGAAAAGGAAAUUAAUAUAUCUGUUUCCCGACUGUUUGCUAUUGUGACAUUAUUUAUUUCUUUUUUUAUGACAUUCUUUGAACUAUAAAAAGGUUCUAUCUAAGGAGGUUAUAAUUUUCUUAGGUUGCCAGUAUGAUAUUUAUGAAAUAAUGCGUUUUAUUAUCUAUAAUAUUGUAAUGAGAAUAUUGAAAUUUGAAGAAAAAUAUAUUGUCCAUUUAUGGUUAUACCACAAAUGUUUAAUAUUGUGUAAUUACUACAUUCAGAGUAAUUUAAUGGUCUCCUAAAGUCGGGAGUAUGUCUCUGAGUGUGGUAGUUACCCUUAAAAUGUCCAGAUACCUCUUUGCAAGAAUUGACUUUUGACAUAUGCAUAAUAUUAAAAACGUAUAUAAGUUUAUGAUUAUCUUAUGUAUGAAUUAUAAUUUAUGGUUUGAUAAAGCGAGGCUGUAGUAAUUUUUCUAUUAAAAUGUUAGUUAUGGCAACACUAGAUGGAAUGUCACAUAACUUUUUGACAAACGAUGACAUCUGAUCUGACAAAGAAUCAUCGGAUCUUUAAAGAUGGUCGUUUCUUUUUAAUAAAUUUAACAAAAAAAUCUACCAAACUUAUUAAAAACCUAGCGAUUUUUUGUGUCAAAGGCUUAGACCUAAUUUGAGUCGCUGCACCACUGAAGUCAUUUUAUUCGUAAUGUGACAUUUCAUCUAAGGUUCAAAAACUAUAGAAAUGCUAUUAGUAGUUUUGCUAGGGUUUUAACUAUAGGGGGUUCCUAAUCUUUAUGUCCUAGACUGAUCUCUAUAAUUUCACGGAUGCUGUGGUAUCCUCUAAUAAUUCGAGUUACCACCACAGCUAACAACGCCAAAAUGGCAUCAAAUAGGCACAAAAUAUAACAGCUUAUAGCCUGUCCAAUAUAGAGGUCAUUGUCUAGAUCACAUUUAGGCUGCAAACUACGUCCAAUAUUGCGAUUGAGUGAUAAAAAUAUAAUGCAUUUAUUAAUUAAAAAAUUAUAUAUAAGUUUCUUAAAUCCUGGCAGUUCCUAUGAAUGUACUUGAUGAAUCUUCCAAGACACAUUAAUGGUUAUUUCCACUACGCGAUCGCGCCAACUAAGAACGUCAUUUCGACUGCGCCAGUGGAAAUAAGGUUUAAAUAGAAAGCACGCACUGUCACAAGCUCAGAGUAAAUAUACUAAAGACGGUAGAAUGAUUUUAAUCUAUUUCCAUAUUGUAACCUCAUUUCUUUAGUUAAUCUACUGCUAUCCAUAGACAAACCAUAACUUUUUAAUGCUAUUUUUCCAUACAUCUGUCUUAUUACUUUUUAAAUACUAAUCUUGUUAGAUUUUCGGUCUUUAUUUAAUAUUUACACAAUGAAGUGAAAUUUAGCUAAAAAUCGGCCCGUAGAAAUAAGAACGCUACAGUGCCUGUUAUGAAAAAGCUGAGUUUCAUAUAUAGGAUGUCCCAAAAGGUUACGUACAUAGGAA